AUGAUAGCGGCUACCGCCCGUGAAUGCACUCUUGCCGGUGUCGGAGCUCCGUCCGAAUCCGAUAAGCUCAUGUGUCUGGAUGAUGACCGAACCGUGGUCAGCAUGGACACCAUCUCGCUCCACAACGCCAAGGCCACACAGUAUGGGCCAAACGAGAAUCAUUCCGAGGAGAACGCCCUUCGAGAGCAGGUUGUUUCUCUGGCCCAGCGUCUCCAAGCGGCCGAGUUCAGCAAAGAAGACAGCGACCUGAACUUGGAGGAAGCGGUGCAGAAGAAUGGCCACCUCAUGAUGAAGGUCACGCAGCUGCAGGAGCAGCUUCAACAUGCACGCAACGCACUCACAAGUAUCGACAGGGACCUGCACCAAUCCAAUGCGGAAAGAGAUCGCCUGCGCAAGGAAUUCGCCGCCACUGGAGCCAGCGACGAGCCCACGAGUUCUAGGGCGGAGACAGUCCGGCUGCGUGACGAGCUCGCCAGUACUGCAUCACAGAAGCAGCUCCUCGAGUCGAAACUCGACUUCUUGAACCGCGACAACAAGCAUCUGAGGUCUACGAAUGCCGAGCUGAGGGCCAAACUCCAGGAACGAGAUGUCAAGCAGCCCAUUCCGACUCCAGAGCAGGCCACCCCUCCUCCACAACAGCUCGCCCCCAAGCAGCAAAGCCCAGAACAGCCGUUGCCCAAGCAGCUUACCCCCAAGGAAACGACCAACGCAUCUCAGUGCCCAAGUGAAAGUGUGCCUUCUAGCUCGGCGGCCUCAGACUACGUCGAGUGUGAGGUCAAGCUGCCCAGCAUCAACUUCCGACGUGUACUGGAUCUCAGCGAGAGACUUGACGACCAUCGGCUCGCAUUUCGUCACAGCAACAAGUGGUACUACGCUGUGACCGAGAGACAUCCCCUUACCCGACCCCGCCUCGUCCUUCUGCGGGAAGACCUCCAAUGGCACGUCGACUUCAUGAACGAGCUCACUGAAGAGCUUUCUUCCAUGUUUAUGCCUACUCCUGAUCACGUGGACAAGUCCUCCGAGCUCGGCAAGCUCCGAGAGAGGGCUUCCAAGAUUGCUGAUGCGGUUUCAGACUGCACGGCGCUGCAGAAGUCAGCGGUGGGCGCUUCGCCGGGGGAGCUUUCCCGUAUCACCGCGGAAGUCCAGCUCUUAAGCAAGACAGAGAUGGAGGAGCUGCUCCCCGUCGUCUACCGCUGCAUCCACCGCCUUCGUAAAGAGAAGGCUGAUACAUCUUCCAUUGGGCUGUAG